UUGAGAGUAGAGCAGGGAGAGCGGCUCCAUAUGGACAGAUCUGUGGCCCUUUGUUCCCAUGGUCUCGAGGCACAAUGAAGCACACUGGCUCUUGGAAACUGUGGGCUUGUGUGGCAAUGGUCCUGCUUCCUGUUUCCACUUGUGUGACUGUCAGGGACAAGCCAGAAACAACUUGCCCUAUACUGAGAAUAGAGGGAUAUCAAGACAACAGAAACAGACUUGAAGUUCCAGGCUUUGAUCUGGGAGAAAGCUUUGCUCUGAGGCAUGCAUUUUGCGAAGGUGAUAAAACCUGUUUCAAAUUGGGAAGUGCACUUCUUCUCAGAGACACUAGUAAGGUAUUUCCCAAAGGCCUUCCUGAGGAGUACUCUGUAGCGGUCACGUUUCGAGUACGAAGAAGCACCAAGAAGGAGCGUUGGUUUUUAUGGCAGAUUUUAAACCAGGAGAAUAAGCCUCAGAUCUCUAUAGUGAUUGACGGCACAAAGAAGGUAGUAGAAUUUAUGUUCCGAGGUGCCGAGGGAGAUCUGUUGAACUAUGUUUUUAAGAAUCGAGAACUCCGUCCUCUCUUCGAUCGUCAGUGGCAUAAACUUGGCAUUGGUGUGCAAUCCCGAGUCCUUUCUCUCUACGUGGACUGUAAUUUAAUCGCAAGCCGGCACACAGAAGAAAAGGACUCUGUGGAUUUUCAGGGAAAGACCGUUAUUACUGCGAGAGCUUUAGAUGGCAAACCCGUGGAUAUUGAACUUCACCAACUCAUAAUCUCCUGCAAUGCAAACUUCUUAGUUGAAGAAUCGUGUUGUGACAUAUCAGCUACUAAGUGUCCUGAGCAAGACAGCUUUGGAAGUACCACUUCAUCAUGGGUGACCACUCACACUGGUAAAAUAUCUUCAUAUCUGCCAGGAAAGCAGGAACUUAAAGACCCAUGCCUGUGUAUUCCAAACAAGGAGGAAGCAGGAUCACCAGGAAUUCUGGGUUCCAUUGGACAUAAGGGGGACAAAGGAGAACCGGGUGAAAAUGGCUUACAUGGUAUUCCAGGCUUACUUGGUCAAAAGGGAGAACAAGGACUUGAAGGCAUCAAAGGAGAAAUUGGUGAAAAGGGUUUGAAAGGUGACUUGGGUCCUAGAGGUCCACCUGGCCCCAAAGGAGAGAAGGGUGAUAUGGGACCUCCUGGGCCACCAGCCUCAACUGGCUCCAUAGGGAUACAAGGCCCCCAAGGCCCACCUGGAAAAGAAGGUCAGAGGGGAAGACGAGGGAAAACAGGACCCCCAGGAAACCCAGGACCUCCAGGACCACCAGGAUCUCCUGGGUUACAAGAACUACAACAGACUUUUGGUGGACAUUUCAACAAGGGAACUGGUGAGCACGGAGCUGGUGGCCCUAAAGGAGAAAAGGGUGACUCUGGGAUGCCAGGAUUUCCAGGGUCUGACGGCCCUAAAGGGCAAAAAGGAGAGCCUGGGGAGCCUUUAACAAAAGGUGAAAAGGGAGAUAGAGGAGAAGCUGGCGUAUUAGGACCACAAGGCAUAAAGGGAGAACCUGGAGAUGCCGGUCCCCCUGGUUUAAUGGGAAGCCCGGGGCUCAAGGGUCAGCAAGGACCUGCAGGUUCUAUGGGGCCCAGAGGACCACCAGGAGAUGUUGGAUUGCCAGGAGAACAUGGUAUCCCAGGGAAACAAGGCAUUAAAGGAGAGAAGGGAGAUCCUGGUGGAAGGCUAGGCCCUCCUGGACUUCCGGGUCCAAAGGGUGAUGCUGGGCCUCCAGGGAAAAGCCUGCCAGGAAAACCAGGAUUAGAUGGAAAUCCUGGAGCACCUGGUCCACGUGGACCAAAGGGUGAAAGAGGACUGCCAGGUCUCCAUGGCUCCCCAGGGGACACAGGCCCACCUGGGGUCGGAAUCCCCGGCAGGACAGGCUCCCAAGGACCAACUGGAGAGCCAGGUAUUCAGGGUCCUCGAGGUCUACCUGGAUUGCCAGGAACUCCAGGGACCCCAGGGAAUGACGGAGCUCCAGGGAGAGAUGGAAAGCCAGGCCCCCCAGGCCCCCCAGGCCCCCCAGGUGACCCGAUCGCACUUCCUCUCUUGGGAGACAUUGGCGCCUUGCUGAAGAACUUCUGUGGCAACUGUCAAGCCAAUGUCCCCGGGCUGAAAAGCAGCAAAGGGGGUGCAGGAGGCACCGGGGAACCUGGGAAAUACGAUUCUGCAGUCAGGAAGGGCGAUGUAGGGCCACGGGGUCCUCCAGGAGUUCCAGGCAGAGAGGGACCAAAGGGAAGCAAAGGAGAGCGGGGAUACCCUGGAGUUCAUGGGGAGAAAGGUGAUGAGGGUCUUCAAGGAAUUCCUGGCCUCUCAGGAGCUCCUGGCCCAACUGGACCCCCUGGCUUAACAGGAAGAACUGGACACCCUGGUCCUACUGGAGCAAAAGGUGACAAGGGCAGCGAGGGACCCCCUGGGAAACCUGGACCUCCUGGACCCCCUGGUGUCCCAGUCAAUGAAGGAAAUGGCAUGAGCAGUUUAUAUAAAAUCCAGGGUGGAGUGAGUGUUCCCAGUUACCCAGGACCCCCAGGACCCCCUGGCCCAAAAGGUGAUCCUGGCCCAGUGGGAGAGCCUGGUGCAAUGGGCUUGCCAGGACUAGAAGGAUUUCCUGGUGUAAAGGGAGAUCAAGGCCCAGCAGGUCCCCCAGGAAUAGCCGGCAUGUUGGGGAAACCCGGUGCCCCAGGCCCUCCAGGAGUUCCAGGGGAGCCGGGUGAGAGAGGACCUGUUGGAGAUAGAGGUUUUCCUGGACCAGAGGGACCCUCAGGGAUGCCAGGCAUAAAUGGAAAAGACGGAUUACCAGGUGCUCAGGGCAUCAUGGGUAAACCUGGAGACAGAGGACCCAAAGGAGAACGCGGUGAUCAAGGGAUUCCAGGAGACAGAGGUCCACAAGGUGAACGUGGAAAACCAGGCCUUAUGGGCAUGAAAGGAGCUAUAGGUCCUGUGGGGCCACCAGGAAGCAAGGGCUCUAUAGGGUCACCUGGCCACCAAGGCCCUCCAGGCUCUCCAGGCAUCCCUGGCACUCCGGCGGAUGCUGUUUCAUUUGAAGAAAUAAAAAAAUACAUUAACCAAGAGGUCCUAAGGAUUUUUGAAGAGAGGAUGGCUGUGUUUCUAUCCCAGCUUAAGCUGCCAGCAGCAAUGUUAUCUGCUCAAGCUCAUGGGAGGCCUGGCCCACCAGGGAAAGAUGGGUUACCCGGACCCCCAGGAGACCCAGGACCCCAAGGCUACCGAGGACAGAAGGGAGAAAGAGGUGAACCUGGAAUCGGGCUGCCAGGGAGUCCAGGUCUUCCUGGAUCUUCAGCAGUGGGUUUGCCAGGCUCACCUGGUGCUCCCGGGCCUCAAGGACCCCCAGGACCCAGUGGAAGAUGUAAUCCAGAAGAUUGCCUCCAUCCUAGGACCCCUGCCCAUCAGCAGGCAGGUAGAACAUGAAAAGUACAGAAGGGAGAAGGCUUCAUUCCUGGUGAUAUCACCAUGACCUUAGAGCUGUUGAUAUGAGCUUCCCAACCAUGUGCUCUCGAGGCUUAUGAUUUCUGGACUGCUUUCCUUUGCUGAUUUUUUUUUUAAUUCUGAUGUUGGACAGACAUCCAAAGCUGCCAUCUGAAUCCUAUUCUGACAGUAAUAGCAAAUCAGUAUUUUCGGAUGUUUCCCAACUUGGUUCCGUAUAUUUUGCUUUACUGUGGCUCUGAGUUCCACUCAGUUUCAUGUGAGAAAUGCAAGCAAACUUGUCAGGAGUCACAUAAGAUGAUUUGGUACCCAGACGACAUACACUUUGUAAACUCACCUGCAUGAUUAGACUUGGAUUUCUGAACUUUAAUUUUUCAAGUUUAUCUUGAUAUUUUCUUCAUCUUUAAACUUACUAUUGUUACUUAACAUUUUCAUUCUGCUCUUUUGAGACUGAGACAGUGCAUUACUACUGUUGACUGUUCUGUGACUGAUUUUUACAAGAAGUCUUAUACCAUCCAACAUUCAUUUUAUUUAUACAGAAAAACAGGCAAUAAGAAUUUCAUUUUUUAUUUAUUUUUCAAAAAAACAAAACGAAACUGUGGGAGCUCUUUAUCAGGGAGCCCCCAAACUCAUCAUUGCCAACUGCUGAAAUGGUUUUGUGGCUUCCUAGCUGUGAGCUCAGUUUGAAGCAGUCCUCACGAACUCCUCAUGAACAUGUGCUACAUGAAAACAAAAGACCCAAACUGACCCUGUGCUCAUAUCAGUGAGUCUCCAACGGUAAACAGAAAGUGGUUUUCCCUAACAGGCAUUUGGUGGUGAAGGCAAAGCACCAGUCUUCGGUACUCAGCGACCUUUGAGCUUUUGGAUGCAUCCUUCUUCCGACUCUGUGAUCCUCAGUCCCGCCAUCACCAUUGGAGCAAAGCAUGGGAUUUGUAAUGACUGGACCAGAAGAGUCCUCACCCUGCAAGGUGAGAGUGACAUGCCAACAAAUACAGACAAGUAUGUGAAGCACAUGUGGUCCUAAGGAGAAUACCGUUUGCUCAGGAGCUCCAGAAAGAGGUCGAGUUCAAUAGAGGAAAGCCAGACCCACCACAUGAAAAUCACUAUGCUCUUCAAAACCCUAUGUUCUGGUUUGGGAGAUUUAGCUUAGUGGUAGAGGGCUUUUCUGGCAAGCUCAAAGCCUUGGGUUUCGUCCUCAGCUCUGGGGGAAAAAUAAAAUAAAACAAACCAUAAAAAUGCUCUGAAAGGAAGCAAAAUUUCAGUGGACUUAACUGAAUUUCCCAACAAUUAUUUUUUACUCCCUACCUAUUCAUUGUUUAGAGAAACUUUUUGUGGAAAACAACUGAUUUUCUAGACUGUUUAGCACAAGGAUGUUACGGGGAUCUAGCUGGUUGCAUCCCACAGAAGCUGAACACAUGCCACCAAAGCCCUCCAGUCACAGAGACAAGGUCACACCUCAAGAAGCAGCACAUAUUCCACAGGACAGGAUGAUGCCUUCUGUCUAUUAAUCGAAACAGACAAUGGGUUUAGAAAAGCAAGCCCACAGAGAGUGAGGAGAGCUGUGAAUGGAUUUCCUGGGAAGCCUGCUUGAUGUAAGGCAGAGUUUGUUUAAAUGCACCCAUGAUUUGAACUGGUUUUCAUUGACAAAUAGAUGAGCUGCUGGCCAGGUACUGUCAACAUGGCUGUGCGUAAUAUAACUUUUUAGGUAUUUAAUAUUGAGAUUUGCUGAAUAUUUCCAUCCAAGUUUAUUUAUUUUCCAAGUGUACUUUAUUUAUUCUUCAUGUUUUAAACAUUAUAUUGCUUAUUUCUUUAUUUUCUUUCUUAUGCAAUACUUGCAAUGGUGCUGUGUUUUAAACUCACAAAAUUGGAAUAUGCAAACAUUUGCAUAUAUAUCUUCAUAAUCAAAUGAUAAUCUACCCCCCAAAAUGUACAUAAGGUGAAAAGAUGGUGCUAUAUGUAUAUUUUGAGCUUUCAAUUUGUUAAGUUUUCUGAAAACUUGCAACUUACCUGCCACAUAUUAAUUUACUUGAAUUUGCUGUAGAGCUAAGACUUUUAUAUGUUUUCAAAGAUUAUUUUUCAUAUUAAUUGACAGGUUAUUUAUCCUUUUGGCUUACUCAAAAAAUAUUUAUUUUAUAGUUUUAAUAUUUUCAUGAACAUUUGGCUGGUGGUCAAUGCAUUUGGGUUUUUUUUUUUUUUUAGUUGAUCAAUUCAUAUGUAUAAAGAGAUGCAGUUCAUUCUCUUGUUUGGUAAAUUACAAUCAUAUACAUUCAUUUCAGGUCCACAGAACAGAAAGCUUUCUUACAAAUUGUAUAGAAUUCUUCCUUUCUUCUUAUUCCUUUUUCCAAUUUCUGUGAAUAUAUGACUGUUUCAAGGAUUUAGAUUUGAUCACAUGAUUUGAGGAGUGCAGGGGAUAAAAUAUGUUACAUGAUGCAUAUUGAGUAGUUGCCUGUCACAGUGAUUCAAGCUUAUUUUUUAAAAAACUGGGACAUGUGACUAAGUCUGACAUGACUAGAGAGCUGGGACAGUGCUUUGAUAACACAAACCUUCAACCCACUGUUAUUUAUCUUGAAAGUGGUUGGGUUUUUUUCUGCCUCAGUUAUGUUCAUAACAAAGGGCUCCAAGGUCUAGCUAAUAUAACAAGGAGAUUGGCAGGUGCUCAAUCCUUCAAUAAAAAUAAACAGGAUAAUUUUGUCCCCAAAGAAGGAUAGGAAGUGUUCCUCUAAAUAACCAUGUGUUUCAUUUUUUUUAAAAAGCUGUUUACUUCAGGUGUUGUCUUUA